AUGGCCGCCCGAAAAGCCACUGCCAGGAUGGAAAUUGAUUCGGCGCAACUUCAGGCAUGGCACCUGGCCUAUGCUUCUCUCUCCGAACUCGCCAAAAUACCAGAUGUGUCGGACGCACUGAGUCGCGCAAACAAGUAUCUACAGCAAUUUCAACUUGAAUACCAUGCCCAGGACCAAACAGCGUCAGAGCUCAAGCCGACGAGAAACAAGGUCAAGAAGGAGAUUGGCGAGAUUCGGGAACAUUCACGGAUGGAAAUAGAACGGUGCGACAAAGCGCUGGAGCAGUUACAAAAGAUUGCGUCUUCCCGGACGAGUGUGGACACAUCUUCUUCACAAACAGACGGCCGUCCGAAGAGGACACGGGAAUCGUCAAUGGCCCCACAACAAACCUCCACGGCAUCAAAUAUCGCGUCUAACGCCUCGAGUGCAGCACAAAACAGUCUGACGCUCGUCUUGCGUCCGCCUCUUCCCCCUUUUUCCCAAGAGGUGUGGAUGCGAAUACAAAAGCAACUUCCGCUACAACCCGGACGCAAAGUGGCUUUCCGCGUACCGUCAGAUAAGACGGGAAAAUCUUCUGUAUCGCCCACGGGGAACGAAGGUGUUGGAUACGAGGAGGAUGCGUGGAUAUUGGCGACGGUGUUUAAGGCCGAGAAGAAGGACAAGCAAGAUGUUGAAAGUGAAACUGGAGAACCACCGAAAUAUACCACGACAAUCAAAUCACUGAUACCACUACCAAUUGUGGAUACCUCGCCAUCCGAUCCAUCACAUCUAGGCGCAUACCCGGAAUACCAAAGUGGGAGUAUCGUCCUUGCUCUCUUCCCAGAUACUACGUCUUUCUACAAAGCAGAGGUUGUGGCAUCUCCCAAAGAUAUACAAGUAGCAGGCAACAGGACUGCGCCUGCGGCAGCGAAGGCGACGCCUUCGUAUAAAGUACGCUUCGAAGACGACGACGACCAAGUGCGCCUCGUGAGCGCAGAGGAGGUCAUAGAUUUCCCCGGAUACUAG